AUUCAUAAUAUACUAUACCCACCAAUUCUAUCAGAUUAAACUUGAACCUCAAAUUCUCUCCAAGCCGUGCAUUCACACCUAUAGUAGGCAUCACACCAACCAACCAAAUCCCCCAAAAUGCCAGCUCUACCCUCCACCCCCGAAACAACCAGACACUUCACCCACGACCUCCAAGACCGCCACCUGAUCUACGACUACGCGGCGCAGAACGCCGCCGGCGAACCCGAGAAAUGGCGGUACGAGAUGUGGUUCUACAAUGCGGACAGGAUCGUCUACGCCAUCCACGGGGGACCGAUGGCCGGCCGCAAGAAUUUCCAGACCGCGACGUAUCAGUGCAUCCGGCCGGGGGAGCUGUGGCAGUGCAACUGGCUCGAGGAGACGGGGACGAUCUGCUCGCUGGUCUACGAUAUCAAACAAGAAAAGAUUACGACGCUGCUGGGAUUCUCCAAGGGCCAUUGGGAGCGAAAUGAUGAUGCAAAGGGAAAUAAGCGCAACCGGGAGGAUCUGGAGCGCUGGAGGGGGUUGGCGAAGAUUGGGUCGCAGACGGAUCGGGUGUUGCUGAGUGAGCAGGCGGAUAUUGUGGAGGAUUUCCGCGGGCCGGGGGAUUUGGAGGGCAUUGAGAUGGAGUGGCCUACUUUGUAAGGUCAGGGGGAUAGGGAUGGGGUUGUGUACGAGAUACGGAGUAUGGGAUGUUGGGUUGGGAGGUCAUGGACGAUCUGAGGUUGUGGAUAUGUAUAGUUAAUUAUCUGACAUGAGGUAAUGAAUCGCAUUUGCAAUGUUUAUAUACA